CUAGACUACUGCAAUGGCUGGGAGAACACUAGACUGAGCAUCAGCUCAGUACAGCAGCAGCACUAGACCUGUACACUGCAGCACCACUGCCCCAGCAUGUCUAUCCAGGCUGCAGAGAGGGUGUCAACCUCAGCGUAUUCUUCACCAGCAAGAAGUCUGGGAGACCCAGGAAUUACACCUCUGUCGCCAUCACAUAUUGCAUCGAAAGACUCUGAGUCCAACACAGCGGAGGAACAGACCUUCUCGGUAGUUGUCGCGAUUGAUUUUGGCACCACUUCCAGUGGUUACGCCUACAGCUUUACUAAGGAGCCAGAAUGUAUUCAUAUAAUGAGGCGCUGGGAAGGGGGAGACCCAGGAGUGUCCAAUCAAAAGACCCCAACCACCAUGCUCCUGAUGCCAGAGAAGUUCCAUAGCUUUGGUUUUGCAGCUAGAGAUUUCUAUCAUGACCUGGAUCCCAGUGAAUCCAAACACUGGCUGUAUUUCGAGAAAUUUAAGAUGAAGUUGCAUAGUAGCACCGAUCUUACCAUGGAAACAGAGCUCACAGCUGCAAAUGGCAAAAAAGUCAAAGCUCUAGAGAUUUUCGCCUACGCUCUCCAGUACUUUAAGGAACAAGCACUGAAGGCUGGAAUGGCAACACCUGAAAACCCGGAACAACUAAUAAUAGCUCUAGAGCCUGAAGGAGCUUCCAUUUAUUGCAGGAAACUUCGUCUCCAUCAGAUGAUUGACCUCAGUACCAAGGCAGCAAUCAAUGGAUUUAGCCCGACAGAUCCAGCUAAAGACCAUAUACGUCGUAACCGGCAAAGUCGGACGUUUCUGGUGGAAAAUGUAAUUGGAGAACUUUGGUCAGAACUGGAGGAAGGUGAUCGAUAUGUAGUUGUUGACUGUGGAGGGGGCACAGUAGAUUUGACUGUUCAUCAGAUAAGGUUACCAGAAGGACAUUUGAAAGAACUAUACAAGGCAUCAGGUGGACCAUAUGGCUCCCUUGGUGUUGACUAUGAGUUUGAGAAACUUCUUUGUAAAAUCUUUGGAGAGGACUUCAUUGACCAGUUUAAACUCAAGCGUCCAGCUGCAUGGGUUGACCUAAUGAUUGCCUUUGAGUCUCGAAAACGAGCAGCAGCCCCAGACAGGACCAAUCCACUAAACAUCACGUUGCCUUUCUCAUUCAUUGAUUAUUAUAAGAAGUUUCGGGGACAUAGUGUGGAACAUGCAUUACGCAAAAGCAAUGUGGAUUUUGUGAAGUGGUCCUCGCAGGGAAUGCUACGGAUGAAUCCAGAUGCGAUGAAUGCUCUCUUUAAGCCAACUGUCGAUCAUAUAAUCGAGCAUCUAACAAACCUCUUCCAAAAGCCAGAGGUGGCAGGGGUGAGGUUUCUAUUUUUGGUGGGUGGAUUUGCCGAAUCUCCUUUGCUCCAGCUGGCAGUGCAGCAAGCAUUUGGUGACCAAUGUCGUGUCAUUAUACCGCAUGAUGUAGGACUAACCAUCCUGAAAGGGGCUGUCUUGUUUGGUUUGGAUCCUGCUGUAAUCAAGGUACGGCGCUCCCCGAUGACGUAUGGAGUAGGAGUCUUGAAUCGUUUUGUUGAGGGUAAACACCCACCGGAAAAACUUCUGCUUAAAGAUGGGACUCGAUGGUGCACUGAUGUGCUUGAUAAAUUCAUCUUGGCUGAUCAGUCAGUGGCUCUAGGGGAGACAGUUAAACGAAGCUACACUCCAGCUAAACCAUCACAGCUUGUCAUUAUCAUCAACAUCUACUGUUCUGAGAAGGAUGAUGUUAAUUUUAUUAGUGAUCCAGGGGUCAAAAAAUGUGGCACUCUAAGGCUGGAUCUGACAGGUGCUGAAAGCUCACCUGUUCUUACCCGAAGAGAGAUACAAACCAUCAUGCAGUUUGGGGACACUGAGAUUAAAGCCAUGGCAGUUGACAUUGCCACAUCUAAAAGUGUGAAAGUUAGCAUUGAUUUCUUAAAUUAGAAAUUCCUCCUAUUUACUUAACUUUUACUAUAGUAAUGUUGCCUUUGCUCUCUCCCAGCACUAAUAGUCCAGCUCUUUGUUAUUUAAAAUCAAGUCCUGUUUUAUCAAUGAAUUGUACAUUGCUGUUCCAAAAAGGGUUUAACUCAAUGUGGCAAUUUAUUCAAAGCCAAAUGUUUAGAGAACUUAAGCAAUAUUUCAAUUUAUAUUGCAUAUUUUUUACAUAACUACAUUUUAUUUAUUUAUCAAUGAAUUAAUUAGAGCUAGAGAUAGCUCUGUUUGAUGAUAAAACCAUUUCCACCUUUAUGAAGGUCUAUCUGUGGCGAUGCCAAGAGGGCAUCUCCACAAAGGCAUCAUAUAUAGAAUGCAUUAAAUUGUAAGUGGGUGUUUUUAUGUUUGAUUGAUAGACAAGCAAAGUGUAAAACACAUUACACAGAGAUACACGUUGUUGUAUAAAAUAAAAUGAACACGUCUAACCAAAUCUUCAAAAGUAAAGAUCUAAUGCAGGAUGUCAUACAAGGUCUACAAACGUAUAAUGUUUAGUGCUAUAAGAUCAAAACAGUGUAUUUAAAAUAAGUAAAUACCAAAUUUAAAUAUGUUCAAUGGCAAAUAAAUUUUUCCUAUGUUAAAGAUUCCACUUACAUGAAAAAAAUACAUAAAAAAUCCUGGGUUUAUGUUCUCACAUAAUUAAAUAACUUCAUGCAAGGACAGGGGUGGGGGCAUAGAAGAAUCUUUAAGGUUGUUUUUUGAAACUCUAGAGUAUGAUUUAAAAAAAAAAUACUCAAUUUAAAGGUCCUGAUGUAGACUCAUAUGUAAAAUUAGUAACCUGUAGAUUGUCACAGAGAUCGGCAGAUUUCUGUAUUAUUCUCUGUAACCUUAUUUUAUGUUUGUUGGCCAGCUGAUUUAGAACAAUUUCCAGUCUUAAAAGAUUAAUAUUAAAAUCUCUACAGGAAGAAAUAAUAGCUAAUACCGAAACAAUAUAAAACAUUUCUCUAAAACUGCAGUGAUAUGUGUAAUUCUCCGUUACUAGUGAAUGGAUUUACUUGAUUUCUUUUAAAGUCUCAGACGCAGGAACAAUAACCCUGACAAUUUUCAAGUACUGUAAAUCUGUUAGGUAGUAUUGACAGUAGAUUUGACUAAAUAUUCUCAUAAAACCAGUUUGGGUCAGUUUGGCAAAUAUUCUUUUUUUAUUCUUGUUCAAAUGAUCCUGAAACUAUGGCACAAUUUAAUUCUAAUGUUCACAGUCUUUAGUGACUAUCAAUCUACCUUUUCAUGUUAAAAGUGUAGCAAUAUCAAUUUACAGAGUGUUUUGAAUUCACAUAUUUUAAAUAUAUGUUGUUUUGGUCUUAUUACAUUGCACAUUAUUAAAUGUUUAUUGAAUCAUUUAUGAUCCUAUCUGCCAUCUGAUAUUGAACCUACGGAAGUUCAGGCUCGAUAAAUGAAGUCAAGAAAACAUUAAUAUAUAAAUAUAAAAUUUGUACAAAUAUUAUUUCACUUUACCAAGUCCACCAUCUGCUAAUUUUUAAUAAUUGAAUAAACAGUGAUUAUUUUUCUUUAUUGUGGGUGAUAUUGUAGGUGAUACAUUGGGUACAAAUUAAACUUUAUCAUUAACAUGUUAGAGUACAAAAAUUGACUCGUACUAUAACAAAACAAAACAGUAGCAUUUUUCCCUUGCUUUUUUCUUAUUGUCUUUAAGACCGUCGUAGCCUCAAAAGUGCAAUGUUUUCAACUUUUACUCUGUAAAGCCUAUGCAUAUGAAAGAACACUUCUUAAACAACAGUUUAUCAAUGGAGAUUGACACCCCCAACACAUAGCGAAAGUAAUUUUGAAUCCACUGUGCAUUGCUGCACCUGAGCUGGACAUGGCCAAUCAGGAAGGGCAUUUUAAUUAUGUAUAUACUCUCAAUUCUCGAUUUAUGUAUUUUGGCUCCUGAGUUAUAUUUACUUCUAUGUGUUUAACUUAAUUGCAGAGGUCAAUCAAAUAUUUUAGAGGCAAGCAUUAGUGCAAUUAUAAAAUGCUGCAAAAUGUGAAAAAAAAUCUAAAUUCUACAGAUUCCUAAUCUGCCAGUUAGAGCAUGUUUAAUCAAUGAUUGUAAUACUGGUUUGGGCUUUAAGGGUGAUAGCAUAAAACAGCACACUUAUUGCGGCUAAGGAUUAUGAUGUAAUAAUGUACUGACGGUCUAAUAAAGAGGACCCUAAUAUGA